AUGUCUUCUCUCUCUCGUCGUGCCUGCUACAAGUGCGGCAACGUCGGCCACUACGCCGAGGUUUGCUCGUCCGCCGAGCGUCUUUGCUACAACUGCAAGCAGCCCGGCCACGAGUCCAACGGCUGCCCCCUGCCCCGCACCACCGAUGCCAAGCAGUGCUACCACUGCCAGGGCCUCGGCCAUGUGCAGGCGGACUGCCCGACCUUGCGCCUGACUGGCGCCUCCACCGGCGGCCGCUGCUACAACUGCGGCCAGCCCGGCCAUCUGGCCCGUGCUUGCCAGGCUCCCAACGCUGCCGGCGUUGGCCGCGGCGUGCCUAUGAUUCCCCGUGGCGGCUACGGCGGCUACGGCCGCGGAGGCUUCGUGUCCGGUGGCCCGCGCCCUGCCACGUGCUACAAGUGCGGCGGACCUAACCAUUUCGCCCGCGACUGCCAGGCUCAGGCCAUGAAGUGCUACGCCUGCGGCAAGUUGGGCCACAUCUCGCGUGACUGCACUGCCCCUAACGGGGGCCCCCUCAACACUGCCGGCAAGACCUGCUACCAGUGCGGCGAGGCUGGUCACAUCUCGCGUGACUGCCCGCAGAAGAACCAGGCCAACAACACCACUACCGACAUCCCCAGCACCGCCGAUGUGCCGAUCGCCCAGAUCCCGGUUGAUGCCAACAACGUUGCGGCCCCUGCCCCCGUCGCGCCCAUUGCCCCUGUUGCUUAG